AUGGGCAUCCGCGGCAUACUGCGGGCCGCCGUGCUCCUGCUACUCAUCCGGAUCUGGCUGGUGGAGGGCAGUGCCCCGGACCCCACUGCCAGCUUCCACCCAGACCGCUCCACGGUUCCUGACAUCGUCCAGGACCUUUUCAACUGCAAAAACUGUGCAAGUGAAGCUGUGGUUCACAAGGUUCUAGACAGGGUGUUGAUGGGCUAUGAUGGCCGUCUGAGACCAAAUUUUGGAGGUGACCCUGUGCCUGUGGGCAUAUCCAUCUACAUUUCCAGUAUUGAACAGAUCUCCGAAAUUAAUAUGGACUAUACAAUCACCAUGUUUUUCCAGCAAACCUGGAAAGACCCACGCCUAGCCUACUAUGAGACCAAGCUGAACCUGACACUGGACUAUCAGAUGCUUGAGAAGCUGUGGGUCCCCGACUGCUAUUUCCUAAACAGCAAGGAUGCUUCUGUGCAUGAUGUGACUGUGGAAAAUCGUGUGUUUCUGCUUCACCCUGAUGGAACAGUCCGCUAUGGCAUCCGGCUCUCCACCACCGCAGCUUGUUCCAUGAACCUGCAGAAAUUUCCUCUGGACAAGCAGGCUUGCAAGCUGGAAAUCGAGAGCUAUGGCUACACAGUUGAGGACAUUGUCUUGUUCUGGGAAGGCAACGGGCAAGCUGUCCACGGGACUGAGGAGCUGCACAUCCCCGAGUUCAGCUUCCUAGGGAAGACGGUGACAAGCAAGGAGGUGUACUUCUACACAGGAUCCUACAUGCGCCUAAUCCUGAGGUUCCAGGUACAGAGGGAAGUCAAGAGCUUCCUUGUGCAAAUCUACUGGCCCACUGUCCUCACCACUGUUCUCUCCUGGAUAUCAUUUUGGAUGAACUACGAUUCCUCUGCUGCCAGGGUGACAGUUGGCUUGACUUCAAUGCUCAUCCUGACCACCAUUGACUCACACAUGCGGAAUAAACUGCCCCCAGUCUCUUGCAUCAAGGCUAUCGACAUCUAUGUCAUCGUGUGCUUCUUCUUCGUGUUCUUCUCCUUGCUGGAGUACGUCUACAUCAAUUACCUCUUCUACAGCCGAGGCCCUCAGCACCAUCAUAGGCGACGCAGGCGAGACAAGAGGGUCAUCUACUGCUUCCGGGAAGUCAUGCUGGACGAAGUGCAGGUUUGCCUCCUGAGUAUUGAAGAUGAUGUCGACUCUCUUCUGUCCAUCCCAGCAGUGGCCCGCCUGGCAAGCCCUGAGAGCUUCAGUAGCUCUUCGGCCUCCAGCCCUGAGCAUGCCCAGCUGGCCGCCUCGGAAAGCGUCAGCUCUCUGUGCUCGGUGUCCAGCCAGGCCCCUACGGAAAGCCAGAGUCAGCCCUCCUCCUUCUCAGCACAGACCCUGCUCAUCAGUGCCUCAGUGUCAGAGAUCCGCAACCGCACUGACGGCCGCAGCCCUGCAGAAGACCUGGACGAAAACUCAAGCUCAGAUGAGAUCGAGACCGACGAGCAGCCUCUACUCAACCACGAUGCCGGGUGCACACUAGAAGCGAGCUGGUCCGAUGACGGUGGCGCCGAGAGUGGGUACACCUGGAGCCUAGAGGAGGCUGGAGAGGAGAUCCUGGUCUAUGUCCACGAGGAAGAUAGUGGCUCUGAGUUUGACGACAUCUGGCCCCUGAGCCCGGGGUGCUGCUCCCAAAGAGGGCUCUUCUCUGAGCUCUUCAAUCCCGAUUAUGUUCCGAAAGUUGACAGGUGGUCCCGGUUCCUCUUCCCACUGGCCUUCGGGCUGUUCAACAUCGCCUACUGGGCAUAUCACAUCGACUAG